UAUGUCUGAAUGAAAGCACUUCGACCUUAUGGGCAACGAUCACAAAUGCAUACUGCUAAUAAACACGUUUACUAGUACACCAGACUAGUACACACCCAGUAUUAUACUUUGUAGUACGGAAGUGUGCAUUGUCUACCUGCUAUUUUCUAACUUCAUACUUCUGCACAUGCUCCUGUAGGACUUUUUCUUUUGGAUGCACCACUUGUCUUUCGGUCUGACUCGAUUUCUGGGUGGUGGUGGAUUCUGAGCGUAUCCCGUGAUCACCAAGUGUGAGAAUGGAGCAGCCACUGAUGCCUCGGGAAUCAGGCCAGUAUGUGGCGGAGAAGAGCCGGGACGUCUUUGUGGAUGAGGAAGGGGUUGAGAAGGUGGCCGAGAUGCUCUACAAGCUGCGAGACACUGAGGCGUUCACGGCUAGUGGCUGGAAGAUGAUGAACCCACUCGCUCCCUCUCCGGACACAGACGAAGCCAUUAACUGGGUUUUUGUGACGGACACUAUGAACUUCUCCUUCUGGCCUGAUAGAGAUGACCAGCAGUGUGAAGUGAAGCACAGAGGAACCACAUAUCGUGGUUACAUGUCUCUGUGUGCAGCUGUCACCAGGGCUAUGGACGAGGGUGUGCCUAUAACUGAUCCUGCCUACUUCUCCAAGAUGAGCGAGGCUGACCUGGCUAAUGUCCUUCGGUCAGAUAGCGACACACCCAUGCCCAUGGUGAAGGAGCGUCACCAGGCCCUCACUGAGGCCGGCCGUGUUCUCAUGCAGCAUGGCGGAUCUUUCAGGAGCUUCAUACGACCCGGGCAGGGUGAUGCUGAGAAAAUGAUGCGGUACAUUGUGGAUAAAAUACCCUCCUACAGAGACGAGGCGAACUUUGAGGGCAAGCGGAUUUCCUUUUAUAAGAGGGCUCAGAUCCUCGUGGCAGAUUUCUGGGGGAUCAUGGAGGCCAGAGGUGAGGGGAACAUUCACAACCUGGAUUACCUCACCAUGUUUGCGGAUUACAGAGUGCCACAGGCUCUUGUCUACCUGGGGGUACUGCGUUACUCUGAUGCUCUAAUGGAGGCACUGAAAAAGGGUGAAUUGUUGAGUUCGUGUGACAGGAGGGAAGUGGAAAUCCGUGGCUGUUCGAUUUGGUGUGUGGAGAAAAUCAAGAAUCGUCUUUGGCAGCUUGUACAGGAGAGAGACCAGAAGAGCUGUGACAUAAACUCGGCUCUUAUCGAUUUUUACCUGUGGCCUUAUGCAAAACAACAUCAUGAAGAGAUGGCACACAUUCCCAUACACCACACACGAUGCAUAUAUUAUUAAAAUGCCUACAAAAAACUUCACUUUAUCUUUAAUAAAGAAAUUAAAAACUC